AGUUCUAGAUCAAUUCGUUAUUCAAUACAGAUCCAAAGCACAUUUCCACUUCUUUCUCAUGCCAUCACGGCAAAGUUGAGAUUUAAAAUAAACCCGUAUUCUCCAAGAGAGUUCUUUUACUCCGCGGUCUUUUUUUUUUUUUUACACCUAAUUGGAAGUUCUAGUUUACGAGGAGCACGGGAACGCAGCAUGAUUUUUGCCGUGGUGAGCCCGUUUGCUCGGUUUCUCCAGCGACGUGCUGCGACCCCUAUCUGCCGGAGCGCGGCACUGUUCUUUCCCCAUGGAGGAGAGGAAGAGGCCGGAGGAGGUGAUGCUGUCAUCUGUUGUCACCGACCGCAGUGAAUGACAACAGCAUGAACAUGGGGUCGUUUUGAAACGUUCUUGUGCAACUUAAUCAUCUUUUGCCCGCGUGUUUGGGCCGUCCGGGAUGACGAUGGCGUCCCAGUGCACGGAGCAAGCCGUGCACGAGUUCCUGAUGGAGAGAGGAGGGAGGGUCCAACAGAUGGAGCUGAUCGAUCAUUUCCUAUCAGUUCUCGGGGAAAAUGACCAGUCGAAGGAAGGGGUGGAUCGUGAGGCGUUGAAACGCGUUGUGGACAACGUGGGUUUCGUGAAGGUGGAAAACGGUGUGAAAUUUGUUUGUUUAAAGAUUGAGGGCAGAGCGGAGUCGGUGAUGUGUGCGGACGCAGACGGCUACGAUCAAGCGGAGUGCAAUGGUAAUAUCCAGGAGACACUGGACAACAAUGUCAACGGCAACCCUGACAACGGAGACCAAACAGGAGUACCCAGCCCACUUGGUGCAGUCCUUGACAAUGACAAACAGUCAAAUGGCAAUAAGCAACCCACAACCCCCUCCCAGAAUAAGGCCAACACGGGGACACCUACCUCUAGUGGAGGAGGGGAGGUGAAGCUGAGGGAUAGGAGGAGGCGAGAGUCAGCCCCAGUUAUCGGGAUGCCAGAUCUGGACCAGGCUCACCCUGGAUGGUCCCACAGCCAGCAGGUGAGAGGGGCACGUAGGGUGUCCAGAGGCUCCCAGCGCGCCAUUCUGACCAGCUGCCUAUCUGAAGACAGCGCACUGGAGGGGCUGGACCCUAUCGGAGAUAUCAACACGCCCAAGGGAAGUCGCAGGAACUUCAUAGAGCUGAUGAUGAGUAGUUCUCCUCAGGUUCGGAGGUCUCUCAUCAACCGUGGCUCACGCCUCCGGGACUCAGUGAGGAGUGAUGGCGAUUCGGCAUCACUCCUCUCCUCAGCCACUGAUGAAGACUGUGCCUCAGUUACCCUGGACCCACUGGAGCACGAGUGGAUGCUGUGCGCCUCAGACGGCCUAUGGGAAAGCCUGCAGGCCCUGCUGUCUGUCGAGCCCAGCCUGGUGGCCAAGAGAGACUUUGUCACUGGCUUCACCUGUCUGCACUGGGCAGCUAAACAAGGCAAAGCUGAGCUGCUCUCCCAGCUGCUGGCCUUUGCCAAGGAGAAUGCUAUACCUGUGAAUGUAAAUGUGAGAUCGAGUGCUGGAUACACACCGCUACACCUGGCAGCCAUGCAUGGACACACACAGGUGGUUCGAGUAUUGCUGUCAGACUGGGAGGCAGACCCUGAGGCUCGAGACUACAGUGGGAGGCGAGCCAUCCAGUACCUUCCCCCACCGCUGGCUGCUGACCUGCAGGAAGAGGGAGUGGUCACUUCACCGGGCGCCGAGUCGGACAGCGAAAACGCUAACGGCAGCAGCAGUGGAGGAGGGCGCGGCUGGAGGUUUCCUAGAGUUCUCCAGGGCAACCUGAACCCACUACGGCUGCUGAACCCACCGGCUGAGGCAGCAGAGGAUGCAGUUGGGACAGGGAAGACUAAAGGAGGCAUGCAGAGGAAGUCGUCUCUCAGUCGUCUGAAUGCCCGGCUGCACCGAGGGCGCCACCGUGCCCAGAUCAUCCAUAGCGCCUCUUUUAGGGACACGGGGGAGGUGGGAAGAGGAGAGGAGCUCCCUAGCAGUCCUCUCCGAACCCGACCACUGUCCAACCUGUUUGGAUGAAGUCACACCAGUCUGAACCAGAGAUAUAGAUAUUUACACCAGUUUGACAAGUUUUGAUUUACAGGAUAAAGUUUAUUCACUUUUAUAAGCUGACAGGUCAGAUCUUUUUAUAACCAAAACUAAUAGUUCACAUCCUAAUACACCAUGUCAAGCUGUUUUUAAAGUUUUAUUAUUACAGGAUUUGAAAUGAAAAAUCUCAAAUGUAUGAUUUUCUAAACAAAUGUAACUUAUUUUUGUUUCUAUUGCAGUUUUUAGACUUAAGUUGACCACUAACUGGAGAACACUGUUUAGAUAGAAUUUUUGUUUUAAUUUGUUUUUGUUUGUUUGUUUGUUUUGUUUGUUUUGUUUAUUUGUUUUUUGCCAUGACAAUUCAUUGAUUUAAACCUGAUUCACUGCUCUGUGAAUUGCUUCUGAAGUUUUGAAGUUGAAUUUUUGUGUUAGUGGGUUUUUCUACACUUUUUUCAGGCUCUGCUUCAGCGCAGGUAACAUACAUUACACCAUUUUUUUUAGUUCUAUACCUUUCACUGGGACAAUGUUCACACAAAUGCAAAAGCAACAGGAGGGAUUGUUUUGGGUUUUCACUUUAGUUUUGACUCACAGUGGUGAGGAAUUUGAGAACAGCACUUGGUUUGAUUCCACCAAGAUAUCCGAAAUCAUGUUUUUGUUUGCAGAGUGAAGUAAUAUAUUUCUAGAACUCAUUUUAUAUAUUUCAUAUACUAUAUUCUUUGAUUGGAUGGUGCUGAAUAUUUUUUUAAUUUUCAAGUAGCAGAUUUUGAUUUUCAAACUGACAAAUCUCGUCUGUCCAAACAACCAUGUACAGUCAGUAUGUUUGCACUUGUCACUUUGAAGAUGGUACGUGAUAAUAUAAGGAAACUGCAUAAACUAAACUAUGUUUUUGGUCCUAGUUAAUACUCACAUGUUAAUAUUGUAUACACACAAUAAGCAGGCCAUCACAUUGUUACACCUUUACAUGUAUAAUCUACUGCAUAUAUAAAUGUACAAAUGAGAUACUGUAAUUUUUCUACACCCUUCACUUAUCUUGAUCAAUAGUUGGUGAGAGUUAGUUUGGUCACAGUGAUAGGCUGCCAUGGCUUUAGUCAGAUCUAAUUACUUAUAUAAAGACUGAUCAGUGACACAGAAUAGGUGUUUCAAAGGGUGGAGGCACAGGGAAAGCUAACAAUGUUUCUAUACCUUUUUAUACUGACCGUACCUCAAAUCCUCUGAGCCUGGUUCAGUUAUUGUUACAUUGCUUAUAUGGGGGGCGGGUUAAGUGGUGUAGGUUUCUGAAGGUCAGUUGCUGUGUUUUUACAGUGUUUUCAGAUAUUUAAUUCUGACUAUUUUCAUUCCAAAAACUAUUCUUAAAUAAUGGCACAGAUUCACUGUUUCAUGCAGAAUUUACAUUUGAACAAUACCCAGGGAACAGAUGCAUAAUGUAAAUGAGAAUCAGUUCAGGUUAAGGUCUAGCAACCAUGGAGAGACACCCACUGAUCAGACAGACAGACAGACAGUCAAUAUACAAUAAAAAUACUGCGUCAUAUGAUGUUGAAUAUAAGAUCUAUAUUGUCCCCAUGUAUCGGUCUGACUUUGCAUGCACACAAUCAUUUGCUCAUUAAUAGUGUCUGUGUCAUCUGUGAAUGUUAAAGAGUCCAGAUCCGAAUAUGCUGUAUGUUUAGCCAAGGAGCACAUUGACUUUUUUACUGAUUUCCCAAAUAUGUGAACCUUAUUUACUCAAUGACACUUCCCAGAUUUCAUGAAUGUUCCCUUUGUAGCAUUUGUACUCAAAUCAUAGGGCUUCAUGUAAUUGUAUGGUUAACACUUUUGACGUAGAAACUUGUUAUACAGAUGUACUUUGACAUCAAUUUUUUCACCUGCAUGAAUUGGGGAAAUGUAAAUGCUGUGUUAUUUUUAUUUCUAUAAGUCAUUGUGUCUUUCUUCUUUGGAAAAUACUGUGAAGUUAUGAUGUGGUGUGAAAGCAGUAACACCACUGUCAUUUUUCUCUUUAUGUCUCAUCCUUAAAUAUUAUAAAGCAAUAAUUAUUUGUGUAAAA